AUGUUGCAUAUUUCUUUUCCUACCUUUAGUGAUUAUAUUUUUAAAUUGCUCCUGAUCGGUGAUUCAGGCGUCGGGAAAUCUUGUUUGCUUUUACGAUUUUCAGAUGAUGUUUAUACGGACAACUUUAUCAGUACAAUCGGAGUUGAUUUCAAAAUUCGCACGAUAGAGCUUGAUGGACAUCAUGUUAAACUCCAAAUUUGGGAUACAGCUGGACAGGAGCGGUUCCGGACCAUGACUGUUGCUUAUUAUAGAGGCGCUCAUGGAAUAAUUGUCGUAUAUGACAUUACAUCUGAGGAGAGCUUUCAAAACGUCGAAACGUGGCUGGAGGAGAUAAAACGCUACGCCAGGCCCGAUGUGACAAAGAUAGUUGUCGGUAACAAGUCCGACCUAACCGAUCAGCGUGUUGUUUCCUAUGAACAGGGCAAGCAAUUUGCCGCCAAUCUGGGUCUCCAGUUCCUUGAAACCAGCGCCAAAGACUCCUCUAACGUGGAGCAGGCGUUCUUCUCAAUGGCAGGCCAAAUCCUCCAGGUCUUCAAGCAGAACCGCCAGAAACAGCAGUCUUCCGAAGGCGGCGGCGGCGGCGGUGGCAUCGUCAUUACCAACUCGAAGCCCGUCAACGCCACCAGUGAAUCGAGUUCCUGCUGUUGA